AUUUUUUCUGCUAAACACCGCAGUCUCUGUCUCUCUCUCUCUCUCUCUCUCUCCGGGGAUUUCACUAUAUCUUUCGGUUCACCCGCUCAUCGCUAAGAUUUCUGCUCCGUUCUCGCCGAGUUGGACGAGUAAAAGGGCCAGCGACAACAAUGGCGGACGAGAAGGAGUCGACGUCAGUCCCACUGAGCAGUGGCGUCCAGCGCGACAUCGACGAGGUCGGCGGAGGAGGAGGAGAUCCCGAGGACCCAGUCAAGGCCCGCCCGCCCUCUCCCCCCAAUUCCUCCACUCGCCAGGCUUGCUGUUAUGUGCUUCAGAGUUGGAUCUCAAAGAAGUUUAUGACUGGAUGUGUUGUCCUGUUCCCCGUUGCAGUCACAUUUUUUAUCACAUGGUGGUUUAUUGAGUUUGUUGAUGGUUUUUUCAGUCCCAUCUAUGCCCAGCUAGGGAUAGACAUAUUUGGGCUGGGCUUUGUCACAUCUCUGAUUUUUGUAUUCCUUGUUGGGGUUUUUGUUUCAUCAUGGCUGGGUUCCACUAUCUUCUGGAUUGGAGAGUGGUUUAUCAAGCGAAUGCCAUUCAUUAAGCAUUUAUACUCGGCCUCUAAGCAAAUUAGUGCUGCAAUUUCUCCUGACCAAAACACAACAGCCUUUAAAGAGGUUGCAAUCAUCCGCCAUCCACGUAUUGGUGAAUAUGCAUUUGGUUUCAUCACAUCAACAGUCAUCCUUCAGAAAGACAAUGAAGAUGAGGAGUUGUGUAGUGUUUUUGUCCCGACAAACCAUCUAUAUAUAGGCGACAUAUUUCUUGUUAAUUCCAAAGACAUUAUAAGACCGAAUCUCUCAAUCCGAGAAGGCAUAGAGAUCAUUGUAUCGGGGGGUAUGACGAUGCCGCAAACUAUUUCGCCCCAGGAAAAAGUCAUAAGAAAAGGUGAAAUUGUACCUCUUGACAGAAUCAUAUGAUUUUAUGAAGACAAGGAAUGUCAUGAUGGUUUUGGCUGCAUUCUUUCAGAUGUUUAUUGUUUUGUAACCUUAAUUUGCGUAUGAUUCCACUUUUGUUGUCUCAUUUCUCUUGGGAGUAAUAAAGGUAUCUGUAAGUAGUGAUAUAUGAAGCUCUCACCGCCGUUGACCGAGAAUUUCCCGUGUUUGCUUCUAGUU